UGUGUUCUCUCUCCUUUCUCUAUUCAGGCCUGUGGCUGUGCAACUAACGUUGGAGAAAAAUUGGUAGGGUCUAAAAGACUCAUCCACACAGCCAUCAGACCACAAUCUUUUAAAAUCCUUAAUCCAAAAUGCCUCCUAAGUUCGAUCCCAACGAAAUUCAGUAUGUGUAUUUGAGGUGCACCGGAGGAGAAGUUGGUGCUACCGCUUCUCUUGCUCCAAAGAUCGGUCCUCUUGGUCUGUCCCCCAAGAAGGUUGGUGAUGACAUUGCCAAGGCUACUCAAGACUGGAAGGGCCUGAAGAUCACUGUCUGUCUGACAAUUCAGAACAGACAGGCUAAGGUGUCUGUAGUGCCUAGCGCAUCAUCACUGAUCAUCAAGGCCCUGAAGGAACCCCCAAGGGACCGCAAGAAGGUCAAAAACAUCAAGCACAAUGGCAACAUCACCCUGGAUGAUGUGACCAACGUCGCCAAGGUUAUGCGUCCACGCUCCAUGGCUCGUCACCUGUCUGGCACUGUCAAGGAAAUCCUUGGCACUUGCCAGUCUGUCGGUUGUACUGUUGAUGGCAUGGCCCCCCAUGAUGUUAUUGAUAAAAUCAACAGUGGUGAAAUUGAGAUCGAAGAUUCAGACUAAACUGGUUUGUCUUCUAUAGUUGAGGCUUCAAUAAAAACAAAGAAAAUUA